AAGUGCAACUCGAGCCAAUCAACCACACCUUCGAUUACGCCUUCCUUGUUCGUCAACCUUACCGCAUUCCAACGGUUUUCGUCCAAUUUUCACCAAAAUCGACCUUGCCCCAUUAAGAAAUCGGUUGAUCGCUAGGCCGUAGCGUCCUCUAUCGAAGCACAACCGGUGAAAAUCGUACCACUGCAACCAUAUAAAACCACCCGAAAACCAACCGCCAGACAUCAUUCGAGUGCGAUCAUCUCACCAACGCGCAGUUCAGGUCCGAAAAUCAGUGAAGCUUGCGGAACAUGAAGGCGUUUGUGGUGCUGUCGAUGGCUCUGGCCAUCGCGUCCUGUGCGGCAGUCGACAAGGACUCCUCCAAGAAGGACAAGCGUGGCCUGUGGGAGCUGGGAGACGGUUGGAAUCAGCACGGUUUUGACAGCUACGACCAUCACAACUAUGACCAUCACCACACCAAGGUGCACCACCACACCAAGGAGAUCGUCACCAAGCAUGUGGAUCGGCCUGUCCCGUACCCGGUGGAGGUCGUGAAGAAGGUUCACGUUGACCGUCCCGUUCCGUAUCCAGUGGAAGUGAUCAAGAAAGUACACGUUGACCGACCCGUCCCAUACCCAGUUGACCGUCCUGUUCCAUAUCCAGUGGAAGUGAUCAAGAAGGUGCAUGUUGACCGUCCCGUCCCAUAUCCAGUUGAUCGCCCUGUCCCAUACCCAGUGGAAGUAAUCAAGAAGGUUCCAGUUGUAGUGGAAAAGAAGGUUCACGUUGACCGUCCCGUCCCAUACCCAGUGGAGGUUGUCAAGAAGGUCCCAGUCCACGUUGACCGUCCCGUCCCAUACCCAGUUGACCGUCCCGUCCACGUUGACCGUCCCGUUCCAUACCCAGUGGAGGUCGUGAAGAAGGUACAUGUUGAUCGUCCCGUCCCGUACCCAGUGGAGGUCGAGAAGCACGUGGCCGUCCCAGUCAAGGUCCCGGUUGUCCACAAGGAGUACGUCGAAGUGCCAAAGCCUUACGCAGUUCAUGUCGUGAAGCCCGUCCCAGUGCUCGUCGGAAAGGACCACCAGCACCAUUACCACCAGGAGCAGCACUGGGAUCAGUACUGAGAGUUUGUGAGUGAUCAAAUGUAAAUAAAUGUUGAGUUUUG